AUGGCCCCCGCGCUCCCCGCCCUGCUCUGCCUCGGGCUGAGUGUGGGCCUGAGGACCCAGGUGCAGGCCGGGACCCUCCCCAAACCCACCGUCUGGGCUGAGCCAGGCUCUCUGGUCCCCUGGGGGAGCCCCGUGACCAUCUGGUGUCAGGGGACCCCGGGGGCCCAGGAGUUCCGUCUGGAUAAAGAGGGUAGCCUGGUUCCCCGGCACAGACAUAAACCCCUGGAGCCCGGGAACAAGGCCAAGUUCUCCAUCUACUACAUGGGACAGGACCACGCAGGGAGCUAUUGGUGCUACUACAAAACCCCCACUGGCUGGUCAGAGCGCAGUGACCCCCUGGAGCUGGUGGUGACAGGACCCUCUGGCAAACCCAGCCUCUCAGCCGUGCCGAGCCCUGUGGUGACCUCGGGAGGGAACGUGACCCUCCAGUGUGCCUCCUAUCAUGGAUUUAACAGAUUCCUUCUGACCAAGGAAGGAGAUAACGAGGCCUCUUGGACCCUGGAUGGAGAGCGAAUGCCCGACUGGCAGACCCAGGCCCUGUUCCCCGUGGGCCCCGUGACCCCCGGACACGGGUGGACGUUCAGAUGCUACGGCUUUAACAGGGACCCCCCCCGGGUGUUGUCGGCCCCCAGCAACCCCCUGGAGCUCCUGGUCCCAGGGCUGUCUGAGAGGCCCUCCCUCCUGACCCCGCAGGGCCCUGUCAUCACCUCUGGACAGAACCUGACCCUCCAGUGUCGCUCUGACAUCAGCUAUGCCAGAUUCGCUCUGUCCAAGGAGGGGGGACAGGACCUCCCCCAGCGCCCUGCCCGGAGGCCCCAGGGAGGGCUCUCUCAGGCCGACUUCCCCCUGGGCCCUGUGGGCACCAUCCAUGGGGGCCGGUACAGAUGCUACGGUGGACACGGCCUCUCCUCUGAGUGGUCGGCCCCCAGCGACCCCCUGGAGCUGCUGCUGGCAGGAUGGCUCAUAGACAGCCCCUCCCUCUCGGUGCAGCCGGGCCCUUCGGUGGCCCCGGGGGACAAUGUGACCCUGCUGUGUCAGUCAGGAGACAGGACGGACACUUUCCUUCUAUCCAAGGAGGGGGCAGCCCAUCGCCCCCUGCGUCUGCACUCCCAGGACCAAGAUGGGCGGUACCAGGCCAAGUUCUCCUUGAGCCCUGUGACCUCAGCCCACGGGGGCACCUACAGGUGCUACCGCUCACUCAGCACAGACCCCUACCUGCUGUCCCAGCCCAGUGAGCCCCUGGAGCUCGUGGUCUCAGGCCUCACGUGGUACCUGAGUGUCCUCAUCGGGGUCUCGGUGACCUUCGUCCUGCUGCUCCUCAUCCUCCUCAUCCUCUUCCUCCGACACCGGGGUCAGGACAGACGCAGGGACUCGGGGGCCGCAGACCCAGGGCCUGAGGACAGAGGCCUGCACAGGAGCUCCAGCCCAGCCGCAGACGCCCAGGACCAGGCCAUCUAUGCUGCCAUGAGCGACGCCCAUUCUGAGGUGGGGCUGCAGCUGGACUACCGGGCUGCCACAUCUGAAGCCCCCCAGGAUGUGACCUACGCCCAGCUGAACCACUCGACCGUCAGAAGGGGGACGGCCGCACACCCCAGCCCCCCGUCGGGGGAGCCCCCAGCAGAGCCCAGUGAGUACGCUGCUCUUGCCAUUCGCUAG